AUGGCCAGAGGACAGCCUCGUUCAACACCGCCGCAAACCAACCCACCCCCCGCCGAUGUCGACAUGACGGACGUCAUGAACCCCGCUAGCCAGGAUGAGGACGUCCGCCCGGUAGACCGUACACCGACCAGUAACCCCUCGUCGACUUUGCCGCUGCUUUACGAUCUCGACGCCCUGGCCCAAAUCCCGCAGGGAGAGUUCACCAAGGACGUUCCGCCCGCGCCGAUAGGGGAGUUCACGAAACCACGCAAAACGUCGACGCCGACGGAUGCAGGGGAGGCCGGGCCGUCGUCUGUGCCGGACGGAUCGGGCGACCAGGAUGAGGACGAUUAUUCAUCGGCGAGCGACGAGGACGACGAAGACGACCCGCGGCCCCGACGUGGUGCAGGUCCGCGCACAUUGGAAGAAAAACUCAGGGGGGAACGUGCGUUCAUAGAGGAACUGUUGGACGAGAACGAGCUUGAGGAUCUGCUGCACACGUCGGUCCCUCGAGAAAUGUGGAAGGCGGCCGACUUCGUAGAGGAAGAUAUGGUGUACGCGUGCGUCGACGUGCUCGUGAUGGAGGCAAUGCGCCACCUGAAAACCAUAGAGGCCAAGAGCACGCUCAAGUCCUACACCUCAUGGAUAUACGACUACAAAAGGUGGACGGCGAAGAUGCUUAAAAAAAUUGGCGACAAACUGCCGACAGCAGAACAAAUGAGGCACGUCGACGAGAUAGGGCACUGGACACACAACAACAAGAGCAAGGAUUGGGACAACGAGAAGGUGGUCAAGCGGAAGCACAUAUGGCUGCACGGCCCCCGGGUCACUAGUACGCGACUGCGCGCCUACAUCAAGUUCAUGAGGCGGGAGUACAAGAUCGACGCCGACACGAACGAGCCAGUGCGAGCCUACACGGUGCACAUGAUCCUCGGCCGCAUCAAGGCCUGCCAGAUGGCGGCGAGGGUGGAGGCGACGCUCUUCAAGGAGAAGGAGUUGGGCAUCAUGCGGGAAAUCUCGGUGGUCCGGUCGGAGGUGCUCACGCUGCUCUCCCACCACAGCCUCAUGCGCGGUGCAAGCAUACGCGAGAUAACGCUCCCCGACAUCUUCCUGUACCGACUGGCGAGCACCUCGUCGGUGAACCCGGAUAACCAGCCGGUCGUCAUGGUGGUCGCCGCGCGGAACUCGAAGACGUCGAAGGAUGCGCGUCUUCAACAGAGCUACGCGGCGCGGCACCUAGAAGCGGAGUUGUGCGCCGUCGGCGAGACCGGGCUGUGGUUACACUUCGUCCUCGACCAGAUCGGCCAGUUUCACGGAGUCGACCUCAUUCCGCCGGUCGACACCAGCACACGCGAGCUCUGGUACAAGAAGCACCUGUUCUUCGCCCGCAACGACCCCGAGCAGGGCGAACUCUCAGCUCCCAGCCACCAGCGAUGGACGAGGCAGAUGUGGAAGACGAACGGGGUGUUCUGCAAGCGGAACGUCCAUGCCGCUCGGGCGGGCGGGGCGCAGGAGUUGGCCAUCCAAGGUACGCCUCGCGCCGAGAUAGCCGAGCUGGGUCACUGGGCUCUCGACAAGAUGACUCGAGCCUACAUCACGUCCAUUCCCGUCGGCGUGGUGAUGAAGAAGGCCGGCUAUUCGGGAUUCACGCAGGACUACUUCUUGGGUCGCAGUAGGGUGGAACCGGGAGACGAACUCCUCGCUCUCAUCGCCGAGCACAUCUUCCCCGACGUCGACGACCUCCUCAACAAGGCAGAAGAACUCGCGAAGAAGGGGUCCGACGCCGACGUUGCGGCCGUGCAUUUCUGGCGCACCCUUCUGAUGUUCCGCCGCAUUGUCGCCGAGGACCUCGCGGUGAAACUCGUCCGCACCCCUUGGCACCCGUACAUCCAGUAUUCCAAGCUCUGCCGGAUUCCCCUCUUCCAGCACUGGGCGAAGAGGGUCGAGAAUACCGACACCGACACCAUAAAAAAGCGGCAAGAUCCAACCCUCAUCCAGCCAGAGGCGCCGCCAGCUGCUAACGACCAGUCGCCGAGCGACGGUGGCUCCGCGGAGUCGGCAAGCAGGGGUGGAGGAGCCAACAAACCCAAUAAACCCCCACAGACGGUCGAGGAGGCUACCUACGAGCUGAACGUAGUGCAGCCUUGGCGGACUGCAACGACCGUCAAGGACGCGUGGCGCCUCUGGACCUCGUGCACCAGCGCCGACACCCGUCGUCUGUGCGACAGGUUCAGGGAGCCGGGAUUCGUCGACCGCCACACCCUCCUCGACGGAGCCUCGCAGGGAGCACACGGGAAGAGGGUGCGCCGCAUGAUGAAGGUCAUCGAUGCGGUGCGCCAGCUUCGCAGGAGCGACGGCGAAGCCGACACGGAAGCCACCGUCGACGCGCUUAACAAGAUAGCGGCGCCUGGCAUUGGGACCUUCGCGGAUGCCCUCACGGUGCUCAACGCGGACGCCGUAGCGACCUAUGCUGGGCAGGGUAAGGGCGUCAAAGGGCUCGGCAAGACGGAAUUUUCCAAGCUUCGUGUCGCCUGUGCGUUCGUGGCGCGCGGGCUCAAGCCCGAAACGUGGGUCGCCGACCUGUUCCCGGACACCUGGGUUGAGCAGAUGAAGAAGACGUUGGCCGACCUGGCCCGCGAAAACGACGCCGGGCAGCUGCCUCCGACCAAUAAGUCGACCAAGCGCAAGAAAACCGCUUGA